CAGAGGAGUGCCAGGAACUUCUGAACCACAGCUUCACGGAGAGAGCUCUGCCGGGAGAGUCCCAGACAGACAGCAUGGCAUAUCCAGAGAUCUAGGACUAUUACAUUUCUCUAUACUUUUGAAGUUUCAAUGGCAUUUAGAAAUUCAGGCAGGGAUCAAGUGGGAUUUACAGUAGGCUAUUCAGCAUAAUCUCUGUCACAUUUUAAGGACGACAGGGGAUCGGGAGAUUAAGAUGCAGGAGGACCCGGUGUAUGAUUUCCCUGAGCCGGUAGGGGAGCCGGUAGGAGAGAGGCGGGCUUGUCCUCAGCGUGGCUCCCUGAAGAGCAUCAGUGUGCUGGACCGUCUGCUUCUCACACACCCUGUCUGGCUGCAGCUGUCCAUCAACUCUGCUACUGCUCUGCACAUCCUACAGAGGGAGCCGCCUGGGACCUUUCUGGUGCGCAAGUCCAACACCUCACAGAAGAAAGUGCUGUGUGUCAGGCUUGCAGACGACAGCAUCCCCUCCUUUGUCAAACAAUUUGUCAUCCGCGAAGUGAACUCCACCUUCUCUUUGGAGAGAGCCGCUAUCAGUUUCCCUGACCUCUGCCGGCUCAUCGCCUUCUACUGUGUUAGCCGGGAUGUGUUGCCCUUCCCCCUGGAGCUCCCUGAGGCCAUAGUCAAGGCUUCAUCCCACAAACAGUUGGAGUCAAUCUCCCACAUGGGAGUGGAGUUCUGGAGCUCCCAGCUGAACUUCAGAGGUCCACGCAAUGGGCCCCCACCAGUGGAGGAGGCACCGCUGCCCCCUAGCCCCACCCCUGAGGACUGUGCCACGCCCGAGGAGAGCCCCACCCUGUUUCAAGAGUUCUGCCCCAUCCAAACACGCAGCCCCCAGGAGCUGAACUGUGGGGCAGCAGGCCAAGGGGCUCUCUGUUUCAUCAACCCACUCUUCCUGCAGUCCCAGACUGCACUGCACAGACGCCACCAGUUCAAACGCAGCCUCAAGGUGCGUGUCUCCACUGAGAACUCUAGCCCCUUGUCCCCACCAUUCGCUCCUCCCCCUCCCCCACCUCUGCUGGCCAAGAAAAAGAGCAAGAAGGUCCAGCAGGCCAGUAGAGCAAUGGAGGCCAGAGUGGAGGGUGAGGGAGGGACAGCACCCGUCCAGGAGCACUCAGAUUACUUGCAGCCAGUUCUUCUGAAGAAGACCAGGGUCACACCCACACUGUCUCCCACUGCAGAGGAGGAUGACUACCAUGUGCCCAUAGGUCUCCUGCAGGGACUGGCCCAGGAGAAAGUAGGUGAGGGGGAGGAGGGGGUGAGUGAGGAGGAGGUGGGUCUCCUGCUGGAGCAGAGAUGUGCUCCCUCCCUGAGUGAGCUGGAUAGCAGCAGUUCCCUCAGCAGCCUGGAGGAGGCAGAUGAGAGCUCAGAGCGACCUUCCCUCAGCAGGGGAACAAGUAACCCCUCACCCCCAUGCACUUCUCCCGCUCACCAGCCCGUCUCAGCCCUGCGCAAGCUUAGUGCAGCCUUUGUGUCCUUCUUUGUGCCUGAGAAGCGCGUAGCGAGGCUGGUGGAGGACCUGUCCCGUGACAGGAGGACUGCGUUUGGUGUCCUGGUGCAGGACUUCCUCAGGCAGCAGCGAGAGGCGAUCAAGCCUCAGUGCCAGAGAUCUGGCAUAGAGCUACUGCAGGGCAUCCGCCUCUUCCUCUCCCAGGCCAAAACCUUCCUGCUGGACUGUGGAGAACUAGAGCCCCCCAUUGAGACCAUGGUGCCUGAUGAUGAGAAAGACCUGGUGCUGGAGAAAGCCAUGUUCCGCUGUGUGCUGAAACCUAUGAAGGGACAAAUAGACGGGACACUGCAAACUUUGCAUGAGCGAGAUGGCUCCACCCAAAGCAUGGCAGAGAGUCUGGCUGUGGCCAGGGGAAAGACCCCGUUGGAGUGUUUUGGAGUGCGGGUGGGAGUGCCGGAUGCUGCCGGUGUGGAGAAGGUGCGGCAGAAGUUAGCGCUCAUGAGGCGGGCCUACUCUCCCAUUGACAAGGUUGUGCUACUCUUGCAGGUCUGCAAGCUCAUCUAUAAAGCCAUGAAGGACAAUUCAGGCCAGGAGUUCGGUGCAGAUGACUUCCUGCCAGCCCUGUCCUAUGUCCUCGUACAGUGUAACAUGCCUGAGCUGUCUGUGGAGGUGGAGUACAUGAUGGAACUGCUGGAGUCAUCAUGGCUCAAAGGGGAGGGUGGGUACUACCUGACCAGUGUGUAUGCCAGCCUGUGCCUGAUCCAGAGCAAGCCUGAAGUAGUGCCCUCCAGUGGGCUGACCCACGAGGCCAGAGACUCUUUGAAAGACUGGAGCCGGCGCCGGAGCAGCCAGGCGCAGAGCCAGAAAAACUUACAACAGCAACUGAGGUGUGUCAGGGUUCUGUUUCAAGAUGGAGAGAACAACUGGAUGAAAACCCUGCAGUGGAGGGCAGGAGUUAGUGGGGAGGCCCUGACCCAGCUCUGUGCUGCUAAAUUUGGGGUGGGCAACCCAGAGCUGUAUAAGCUGUACUGGCGGAGUGAGGGGGAGAUCCAAGCCCUCCCAGCACAGGCCCAGAUCCAAGACCUACAGGGCCAAGGCAGCAGUGGAUCACCCCUCAUAUACCAGCAAGCCAACCAGGAUGAACUCAAGACUGGCAAACUAACCAGAAAGGAGGCUGUGGACUUUGUGGGAUUACCUUAAGUGGUCGACUUUGGUAUCCACACAUUAUGGACCGAUUUUCUUAAACCACACUCGACUGCAAGAAAUAGUUGCUUUGUGCUUUAUUCUUAAACUAUUUAAAUGCACAUUUGUAUGAAUGGAGAUUGCAAUGUAAAUAAAUACACAAAUCUGUGUAAAUUAUAUUCCAAUAUGUACCAGUUUAGUAUGCAGCUCAUUAUGCAAGUUACACAUAACCAAAGUUUUUUUUUUUUUUUAAUCACAUUUAUUUUUGUAUAGGUUGUUUUUCAACAACCUAACCAAGAGAGACUUCCAGUACUGUGGACCCUUUGAAAAUGCAUUGCCUUUGACCAUGUCUCAGUGGUGUCUUUAAGUGCCCUAAUAUGAUUAAUAUUAUUUGGAAGGAGUAAAAAAAAAAAAAAGAACAUUGUCAAGACAAACAGCAAUUGAAAUGUGU